UGUCUGUGUUGUCGACAGGGACAGGACGUCCACUGUCUGAAGUGAUGUGCGAGAGCUGUACAGUGAUAAAAAUUGCACAGCUUUUAUCAGCAGGUUACUUAAGAGUACAUUAACGCGAAAGGACAUUUAACAGAAGCCAACGACACCGCCGACGUUAGCUGUCCUGUCUGUCUUGAUGACGAAGGAAACGACGAAGUAUUCUUUUAUGUUUCAUGGAUAAAUUGAUGCUAAGUCCUUCAUCGUCGGUGUUUUUCAGGAGGAGAGAGAUGUAUCUUGUGGACUUCUUGACGAAAAGGACGGAUAAUAAGGCCUUUAGAUGAACAACAGUCCCUUGUUGACAUUUGUUAAGAUCUUCUCAAGCUAACGUUGACGGUAGACUAGCUCGUGGAUGUUGGCUAGCAUCGUAGCUUAGCAGAUAUAAGAACGCUAAAUUAUUCAGUGUCACUAUAAAGGCAAUCUUAUUUCCUUGUUAUUAUUGCUAGUAUGUUUGCACACACAUAUGUUGGACAGCAGCUAUGACGCUAGGUGCAGCCUUAGGGUUAUGUCACUGUCAGGCUAGCAGAUAGCUCGGUGCCUCCAGCUCCUUCUGUAUGUUUGCAUGUCUACCAGUACUGGCAUCAUGUAGACGAUAUUUAUGAACGAGUUAGGUGACUCUAAGAAGAGGAAUCCAAAGCUGGUUUGCAGCUAUCCAACUGGGUCACAGCUGGCACUGAUACACUUUAGCUCGGGAUUGUUGCUAGUCAUGCUUAAAGCCGUCUUCUCUGUGUGAUGUGCAAACCUCCGAAUUAGAGGGCAUGUGAAUGCAUCAUGUCCUGACUGCAUCUUAUUUAUGCAAUAAGUUACAUCAGAACACCCUGUCAUGAAUUAAACUCGCAGUGCAAGAAGAAACGACACCAGUACUGAGUGGAUUAUUUGCUUCAGGAUUAUUUUUUGUGAAGGAGAGCAACGCAGAGUCUUAUCUAUCCACCAGUAUCAGAGGGACCAUCAUCAGCUCCUCAUAAUGGAGACAGUGGGUGAUUUUGAGUACAGCAGAAAAGACCUGGUUGGACAUGGAGCCUUUGCUGUGGUGUUCAAAGGAAGACACAGAAAGAAGACAGACUGGGAGGUGGCCAUCAAGAGCAUUAAUAAGAAGAACCUGUCCAAGUCCCAGAUCCUUCUUGGCAAGGAAAUCAAAAUCUUGAAGGAGCUACAGCAUGAAAACAUUGUGGCACUUUAUGAUGUCCAGGAAACACCCAACUCUGUUUUCCUGGUCAUGGAGUACUGUAACGGUGGGGAUCUUGCCGACUAUCUGCAAGCCAAGGGGACCCUAAGAGAAGACACACUGAGGGUUUUCCUCCAGCAGAUUGCCGCCGCCAUGCGCAUCCUCAACAGCAAAGGAAUCAUCCACCGUGACCUGAAACCACAGAACAUCCUGCUGUCAUAUGUGGGACGCAAGAAGUCCAACAUCAGUGGCAUCCGCAUCAAAAUAGCUGACUUUGGCUUUGCACGGUACCUCCAGAGCAACAUGAUGGCGGCCACACUAUGCGGGUCACCCAUGUACAUGGCCCCAGAGGUCAUCAUGUCCCAGAAUUAUGACGCCAAGGCUGACCUGUGGAGCAUCGGGACAGUCAUCUACCAGUGUCUGGUUGGAAAGCCACCUUUCCAGGCCAAUAGUCCACAAGAUCUAAGGAUGUUCUAUGAGAAGAACAAAAAUCUCCAGCCUAUCAUCCCAAGGGAGACUUCGCCACAGCUCAGCGACCUUUUGUUGGGGCUGCUGCAGCGGAAUCAGAAAGACAGGAUGGACUUUGACACAUUUUUCAGCCAUCCUUUCCUGGAGCCAUCAUCCACUAUUAAAAAAUCAUGUCCAGUUCCAGUCCCAAGCACCUCCAACGCUGUGACGGACAGUUCCUGCGGCAGCUCCCCAUGCAUCCGUUACAACUCCCCUCCUUCUCUCCCGGACAUGCAGACUCUAGCAGAAGACGGCUUGUCAUCCCCUCCACUGGGUCCUCCCAACUUUCUUCAGCUGUCCAAAGAGUCUGCAGGAAGCACCAGCAGCAAGAAUUCCUCCUGCGACACCGAUGACUUUGUCCUGGUGCCUCACAUCUCCACUGACAGCUAUGACCAGCCAAUGGCAGCGGGUCGCCGACCGUCCAGUGAGUUCCUCAUGUGUGGAGGGCAGCCACAACCAACUCCAGGACAGACCCCUAUGGUGUCCCCUCGAGCUGAGACAACCCCGAUUCCUGUUCCUACCCAGGUGCGCAACUACCAGCGCAUCAAGCAGAACCUGUCCAGUAGCCCGACAACCACGCUCUAUAGCUCCCCCAGGUCUGGCACAGUUAGGCGCUCCAACACUAGUCCUAUGGGGUUUCCCAAAGUGGGCUCGGGGUCUCCCAGUUCUGCAGAUGUCCCUCAAACUGUGGGCCGUCGACUGUCUACUGGCAGCUCCAGGCCCUACUCUCCCUCACCUCUCGUGGGCACAAUCCCAGAGCAGCUGGGUCACUGCUGCUGUCACCUCCAGAGCCAUGAACCUCGCAGCCGGAGCUCCUCAGGAGGCUCCCCUGUCCCGUCCUCUCAGCUCCUCGGUGCUCGUCUCCAGAGUGCGCCCAUGCUGACAGAAGUCUACCAGACUAGACAGAAGCUCCACAAGCAGCUGUCAGACCCUGUUCCGCCUUCCUCCUCCUCCUGCAGUCACUCACCUCAGCUCGGCCGCCCAGCCAACCUCGGCUCCUCUCCCACCAAGCUACUGGGAUCAUCCCCUCGUACGUCUGACUGGCUGCAGAAGUCACCUUUACCCACCAUCAUUGGCUCCCCUACAAAGACCAUAUCGGCACCGUUUAAGAUCCCCAAAACGCAGGCGUCCUGUAACCUGAUGGCACUGGCGGAUAGCCCCGCACCCACCAAGACUGUGGCAGAUGCCCGGGACAUCUGUAUCCACCACUGCAGUCCGUACUCUGGUGGACGUCCUGCUGCUCCAGAAGCCAGCAGAACUUUUGGCAGGUCUGUUAGCACAGGUCGUCUGUCUGAGCAGCCAAUCAGAAUCACUCUUGGUGGACAACCCUAUCAGGGCAGCACUGACAGCCUAAAUACAGAGCGACCCAUGGACACAGCCCCUGCAGGUCCCAGUGGGCUGGCACAGGGCGGGUCAGCAAGUCCUCGCACCGUCCUCUUCACUGUGGGUUCCCCUCCAAACAGCAGCACACCCCCCACCUGCAGCCAUCUGGGCACCCGACCACGCACCACCUCAGUGGGCUCCAACAGUUCGGCCGGCUCAUUGUGUUCCACCAGUGGUCGGGUCUGUGUUGGCUCACCUCCAGGCAUGGCCAUAGGCUCAUCCCCACCAGGAGGCUUCGGGGGAGGUCAGGUGAUCCCUGGGGCAGAAGGGACACCCAGCAGCUUACGUUACGUCCCUUAUGGGACUUCUCCUCCCAGCCUGGAGGGUUUCAUCACCUUCGAAGCUCCUGAGCUACCUGAAGAGACCCUCAUGGAGCGUGAGCACACGGACACCCUUUUGUACCUACGGAUGAUGCUUUCAUUUACUGACUGCGUCCUGGAGAUGGCAGCAGUUCGAGCUGGGGGAGCAGAACUUGGGGUGUCAGCAGCAUCACUGUACCCACCCCAGGACAGCGUUGUUGUGGACCAGAUCAGCCAGCUCAGCAAAGAGUGGGGGCAGGUGGAGCAGUUGGUGCUCUACAUGAAGGCAGCUCAGCUUUUGGCCUCCUCACUCCAUCUGGCUAAGGCUCAGAUUAAAUCAGCCAAGCUCAAUCCUUCCACUGCAGUCAAACAAGUGGUGAAGAGUCUGAAUGAACGUUACAAAAGCUGCAUCUCCCUCUGCCGACGGCUCACCGACAAGCUCAACCACUUCUUCUCUGACAAGCAGCGCUUUGUGGACGAGAUCAACAGCGUCACGGCAGAGAAACUCAUCUACAAUCAUGCUGUGGAGAUGGUUCAGUCAGCAGCUCUGGAUGAGAUGUUCAAACAGACAGAGGAUAUAGCCUACCGCUACAGCAAGGCUGCCAUGCUGCUGGAUGGCCUGUCCAAGAUCCUACAGGACCCCACUGACAUUGAGAACGUGGUGAAGUACAAGGCCAGUGUGGACCGCAGGAUCUCAGCCCUCUGCUACUGUACCGUCACACUGUAUGAGUAGCAGCUCCCACACACACACACAGAGGGACCAUGUCUGAAGACUAAAAACAACCACCAACUCUUCUCUCCUGUAGCAGUUUUAGCACCUUUCAUGCGCACCGUUUCAUCUGUAUGUACCAUCAGCUUCACCUGCUGCAUCACAGAACUGAACUGUUUCAAGAAAUUUGCAACCAAAGAUGACGACUGAUCCUGAAACAAAGACUGAAACCAGAGGUGGACAGUACAUGUGCACUUUGAUGUGCAUGUUUUUUAUGCUAUGAUAAUGGACAACCAUCUGAUGAACUUGUGCGUGUGUGCCUGCGUGCGUGUGUGCGUGCGUGUGUGCGUGUGUGUGUGUGUGUGUGUGUGUGUGUACAUAUACACACGCCCAUCAUUCAGGAUUUAAUUUGUUGUUUUUUUACCAGAAGGCAAAACGGGCAGGACAGUGAGAUGUAAACUUCUAGAGACUUCAACUUCAGAUGAAGAAGUUCAUCUUUUAAAUCCUGCUUUCUAUGUGAUAUCAGUUGUUAUUUACUCUGUUCAAGUUGUUUUGUUCUUAUUUAUUGGUUCAGAAGAAUAUGGAUGUUUUAGUCUCCUGUCUGUCUUGAAACCUCAAGUAUUGGAAUGGAAUGAAAAGAAGUGAAGUGGAAGAAAUCAGAAAAAGGACUGUAAUAGAUCAACUGAAAUGCUCAGAAACAAAAAUAUUCACAAGACACAAACUCUUGUUACACAGACUAAGAAACUAGACAGCCAUGAGAGCAAAGGAACUUAAAGAUUUGUCUUUUUUUUUUCUCUUGUUAGCUUAAGCACUUUAUUGUGGAUUGAGAGGAGAUGUGUUCAAGGUAGAAAUGUGAAGGCAGGGGAAGGGUUUCAAUCACUCCUGCUCUCUCCCUUAAAGCUCAACCUGCUGCCUGACUUGGACUGCUGUGAGAAUGAUCAGCAAAUUGCUUGAAGUGCAUACAUUUCCCACAAUGCAGUGCAACCAGAAAAUAUCAGGUCAGGGAAAUUAUGUCGGCAGUCAACUUUGGACCUGAAUGUAAUGUAAUGCUGAUUUGUUGGUUAUCUUGCCCACAGCAAACAAAAGGUAUGGUCAAUUAGCAGUGAGAAGGUAGCCUACUCUACUCAUUUUGUCACAUUUAUAGACUUCAGAAAGAACCUGAUAAACAGAUCUGACUGCAGUGGUAGCAGGCCCCUUUUCCUGCCAACACUGCGGCACUGAACAGUCAAUCAGGUGUCCACUUCAACCCAGACACAGUGAAAACUGAAUGGUCACAUUACUUGAUAAGUUACCUUAAUAAUAAGUUUCAUUUUGCUGAAAUACUACAGCUUUUUUGUCAGUAUCUGUAGCUAAUUUUUUAACAAAACUUGAUGUUUGCAAACAUGUAUAUAUUUGUGUGUGGUGCAUGUGAUGAUUCCUCUCUCCUCUUUUUUGAGGGGAGCCGAGUGAAUGUGUGUGAGCUCACAGAUCCAGGGUGUAGAUGUUGCCAUCAGACAUCCUGCCAGUCAGUCAAAGAGCACAAAUCUUUAUAUGUACAUAUAUGAAUUUGAUACAUUAUAUUCAUGUCUGCCAAGGGUUUGAUAAAGAAACCUAUUCUGGCACAACAGGAGUGUGCCAAAGAAUAAAAAUAAAACUUGUGGCAGCUCCAAAUCUUUCCAGAGAACUCUUCCUACCAUGACUGUUUAAGUGUUGUAUUGAGAGAUCUAGACUCACAUAUUUGUUCAUCUGUGUCUUACAAAAUUUUCGGAAAACAGAGACAAGUGUGUUUCUCCAAAUUUUGUGAGACUUUACUCGUCACAAUCUGCACUGCCUAGAAUCUACCGAGUUCCUCUGCCUCCCCUUCAAUGUCAUCUGCUGUGCUCAUAACUGUCUGUACUGUAUGUAUGUGUAUGGGUGUAUAUAUACAUAUAUGUAUAUAUGUGUGCACACACACACACAAACACACAUGCACCUGCCAGGUGUGCAUUAAGGCCAGUAGUAUACAGCUGAUGAUGGAAAAGGAGGUGCCUUCUUGUAAAAGCAGACACAGGCCUACUCCUCUGUAUAGAUGUGAAUAAAUUCUUUUAAUUGUAAAAAUGUGUAUAAAUGCAUUCGCGGGCACCAAGCGCUCUGUGGGCCUGAUUCUCUGAUGUACUGUUCUUUUAUAGACAUAUCUGGGUUUCUUUUUUUGUGCUCCCUCGUCCUCUUCGUGAGCACUCUGAACCACACAAAGCCUUUUACUGCACACAGAGUGAAGAGGGACAAAAUAAAGCUGAUAGAAACCCACCUGAAUCUUUGCUCUGUACCAUUUUUGUCUAAAGACUGUAUGUAAGUAAAGUUUGACUGUUUUAGAUAAAGCAUGGGUCUGCAUUUUACCCUGUAGAACCUCUAGAAUCUUGAAUGUACGUACCCUGUUGUUUUGCACCUCUCCAGCUUGACCUGAAUGCAUUUUGAAGAACUUUCUGCUGUCAAGUCAUGACCCCUUUCUGAAAUGUCCCUGAAAAUGCAACACUUUCCAAGCACCAAUUUUUCAAGGAGAAAUGUCAGUGUUAUACUUGUGUCUCUCACCAAGGGGUGUCUCUCUGUUCUUUAUGGAACUCAAACACAGUCUUUGUUAUUAAAGAACGGAAAAUAAAGACCG